AUGAGUAUAAACGCAGGUGCAAAUGUAUUUAGCAUUGAAAGCAAAGGUUUGAAAUUAAACACCGCGGAAGAUGUUCAAGAAUUCGUGAAUUCUAUAUCGGAAAUAAAAAAUUUGGAACAAGUGAUACUGAGCGGAAACACUUUUGGUGUUGAAGCAGCACAAGCUAUUGCUGGAGUGCUUAAAGGAAAGAAGACAAUGAGGAUCGUUAAUGCAUCAGAUAUAUUUACAGGUAGACUUAGAGAAGAGAUUCCAUAUGCUGUUAAAGCAUUUUGCGACGCGCUCGAAGAAAAUGAACAGCUCAUCGAGCUUAAUUUUAGCGAUAAUGCGUUUGGUCCUGCAGGUGCUGAGCCAAUGGUAGAAUUUCUUAGUAAUAACAAAUGGUUCCAAGUUCUUAAACUUAAUAAUAAUGGUCUUGGGACACGAGGUGGCACUCUAAUUGGUAAGGCUUUACUCGCUUUGGCUAACAAAAAUGUUUCUGAAGGACGUAGUUCGUCUUUUAGAACUAUUAUAGCCGGUCGUAACCGAUUAGAAGAUGGCUCUAGUCAAGCUCUUGCUGAUGCAAUUGCUGCUCAUGGAACUUUGACCGAAAUUCGUAUGCCACAAAAUGGUAUUCGACCAGAUGGUAUCAUUACCUUAUUAAAAGGGUUUGCGGCAUGUAAGAAUUUAGAAGUUCUUGACCUUCAAGAUAAUACAUUUACGGAGAAAGGUUCUGUGGCAUUUGCGAAAGCACUUGUUGAAUGGCCGAAUUUGAGAGUUUUAAAUGUUGGUGAUUGCUUAUUAUCAGAAAAAGGUGGAGUAGCUAUUGCGGAAGCUCUGUUAUUAGGACAUAACAAAAAACUCGAGACUCUUAAUCUUCAAUACAAUGAAAUAGAUAGUAAAGGUGUGAACAUAUUAGCAACUGCCAUUUCUACACAUCUUAAAAGUUUAUCUUCAUUGGAAUUAAAUGGCAACAAAGUUGAUCCGGAAGAUAUUUCUAUUAAAAAUGUAAGAAAUGCUUUAGAAGAAAACGGGUAUGCAGAUGCAUUAGGCGAAUUAGAUGAUAUGGAAGUGGAAGAAGAAGAAGAAGAAGAAGAAGAAGAAGAAGAAGAAGAAGAAGAAGAAGAAGAACAAGAAGAAGAAGAAGAAGAAGAAGAAGAACAAGAAGAAGAAGAACAAGAAGAAGAAGAACAAGAAGAAGAACAAGAAGAUGAUGUUGAAAAGGUGGAAAAAAUUUCUGUAGUAAAAAAUGAGGUGAAACUUGACGAAAAAAAUACAACGGAAUUGAUAACGUCUAGUAAAGUUGUUGUCAAAGAAACAAAAGAACUUGAUAUAGAAAACAAAAAGGAACCAACAGUAUCGAAAAAGCUGGAAAAACUCUCCAUCAAAGAAUUAGAAGACAAAGAAGAUUUAGUGGAUCCACAAAAAUCUGAAAAACGUACCAUCGAAGCGAAAGCUGUAGAAGAUAAAACACGUGAAAUUAAUAAAGAUCAUGAAAACCAGCUAAUAAAUAGCGAAGACCAAGUAGAAUCAAUUAGAGAGCGUAUUACGAAGGUUCAAAUUCUUCAUUAA